AUGAGGGGACGCAUAGUGGUCUUGGCCAUCGCUUUGUUGGCGCUACAGCGUAAAAGUGUCGGGAUCAAUGACUUCCAACAACGAUUACCAAGAUCGUCGGAGUCCGAAAAAUUUGACUUUCCUCGUUAUAGCGUUGUCAUUUUACACCCAUAUUCAAAGCACGUCCGAGGCGUCACUGACGGCUCCGAGCAAUACGAGCCAAUUCCGCCGGCCAGGCAUGUACGGUUUCAAAUGCAUGGCGACCAUCGAAAGUUUGCAAACGACCGUCGCAGACAUCGUAUAUCGGAUAUUACAGAUGAACACAACGAUUUGAUCGUAGCUGAAGACUAUCGCCCACGCAACAAGCGCCAUUCAUCGAUGUAUUUGCCAGCGGUCGACAGGUAUUAUCCUAAACAACUGUUGGAUAUCACCGGCUACCACCGCACGCUGCUAAAGUUUGGCGGAAGGUACCAUGGGGGAAGGAAGGCGAUGACCAGUGACAUGAAGAAGUCUGCAGCAGAAGAACGCUCGGCCAAAAAUGAAGGCAGUGUUAAUAAAAAACAUGACCUGACGGCUCCGACGAAAGUACUGUUCAGACAGAAAAGAAACGAGGCUCCAUCAGAGCGGUCGCUACUGAAGCAACAUCAUAACAAUUUGAAAGAAACCAACCAAGUGAAAGGAAAUCUCCGAUUGCUCCUGAUACACGGCAGCAGCUUCAGAAGCGGAACAAGACUUAGUGAGCCCCACACUUCAGACACUUCAGCACACACAGGGGCCGCUUUGACUGACCACCGUUCUGAUGGUAAUCGUCAACGUAGACCUUGGCUAAAAAAUGGACCACACGAAAAGUACGACUUGAAGCUGCUAACAGAAGAAGAUCUUCCUGACACUGACUACCUGCGACGAAAUCGACGCGGCAUCCUUUUUGAUAUGCUGCCGCACGUCUUGAACGACAUCAGCAUCUACCAGAGAACUUAUAUGAAGCACGAUGGGAAGUUGAGGGGCGAACCUGAGAUAAACAUGCCUGCAGCGAUAAAUGAAAUCGCCUUAAAUUGA